CUCACGAGGUUCAUUCGACAACCGGGCCUAUAUGUACCCGCUGUUUCGUUUCCAACAAUCCACAGGCAUCGUCCAGCUCCUCCCUCUUCACCUCUUCCUCCCCGUUAUUUUUUAGUAGUUGUCCAUUCACCCAGUCCCCCCCCUCCCGUUCUAUCCACAAUAUCCUCCACAGGCACUUUCCAUCACAAACCGACCCGAUGAUGAUGUUCACUCCUGUCGCAUUCCUACUAUGCUUGCUCACUCUGGUUACCGCCAGUCCCAUCGAAAAACGUAUCGUCCCAAUCUCCAAAUCCACUGGUCAUAAACUCUCCCUCUCAUCCCACAACGUCUUAUCGUUCGGGAAGAAAGACCUUCAUGUAGACUUCCAGAGCUGUCAACCAAACUUUGGUCACUGGGAUGGUAAAAACAGUACUCCAGUUGGAGGUCAUUUGGUCGUCAAGUCUACUGGCAAAUGCUUGACGAUCAAAACUCCUUACACUAGCCCUCCCUUCACCGUCACAACGGAGCCUUGCUAUUACUCUGACGAUAGCGGCCAGACAUUCUCAAACUUCAUCGAGGGGAAUGGCAGGAAGAUUUACUUUGUUGGGAAGUAGGUACCUCUCCUGCCCCUUAUGAUCUUUACUCACGUUGGUUCGAUGGCAUGGCACAGUACCCAAAAGGACGGCUCGCUCAAGUUCUUUCAGAGCAAAUGCAAGUCUGGAUUUUAUGGCGUUUCAGGU